CGCUGGUGGGGGUGCGAGUGGGCGCAAGUUGGUUAAAACAUGAUAGCCACGGGUACUUGUUUCCUGCGAGGUGACGAGGCAGAACAGGAUAAUUCCAUCCAAGGGAUCGUUACAUUCGAGUGGGAUGAAACAGAAGAAGUGCUUAUAAAAGGGACCAUUGAGGGACUCAAACCAGGAAAACACGGUCUUUAUAUUUCAGCACUGGGAAACGUUUCACAUGGCUACACUAGUUCAGGAGUGCAUUAUAAUCCCUGUGAGAAAAAACAUGGCGGACCACAAGAUGAUGAGAGACAUGUUGGUGACCUAGGUAACAUAGAAGCUAAUGAUGAUGGCGUUGCAAAGUUUGAAAUGCAUGAUCGACUCCUUCGUUUAGCAGGAAAUUAUUCAGUAAUUGGACGCACCUUGGUGGUUACUGAAAAUGAAGAUGAUCUGGGUAAAGGUGAAAAUGAAGAAAGUCUUAUCAGAGGAAAUGCUGGAAAAGGUUUAGCCUGGGGUAUCAUUGGAAUAGCUAAUAAAUAAAUUAACAUGAUAUGUAUUAUUCAAAUAAUAAUAUUGAAUAAUUAAAUUAAAUCAGUUGCCCAUGUAAGCAUACAACUCCCUAAAAUUUCCCUUAACUUGUUGAAACUAGUCUGUGUAAAGAUUGAGUUUAUAUUACAACUCUUUUAUUUUUGUGUAAAAUGCAUUGCCAAAAUUGUGAAUGUUAUUGUUUCUUGUAUCAUCAAAUAAACAUAUUGAUUUUAA